AAAACGGUUCGUAGAAUGGCGGCGCCCCAUGCUUUGAGGGAGACUUCGGGCUGAGUGCGGCCAGAGGGUCUGAAAUGAUGAUACCAGAGAAUCUUCGACUCUGCGGCAGGCACUGAGGGCUCAGCACCGGCUACUCUUUAUCCAUGUGACAUUUCUAUCUUUUGCUGUCCUUUCACUAUCGUUCCUGGGGCAAUUUUCCACAUUCCCUAUUCCGAGCACUCGCAACUGUUGAGUUAACUAUUGGGAGAUGUCACACUCUGACUAUCUGCAGUCUCUUCGAGAUCAGAACAAAUAUCUGCUGCAGAAGCUGAAGCUAAAGCAGUUAAAGAUUCCAUGGAAUGUGCUUGUGCCCCUUGAGAGUUGUGAUGGACCCUGUCGAACUGCCAUCAAGUCAAUGCAGAGCAGAGCUUCUACAGAUUACCAAGGGGACUGCAAUAACAAAAGUACAGAGCAAGAACGUGGAAAUUCCCUGAAGAAUCCCAAUCUGAAGGACCAGGCUCAUUCAGAACUGCCAGGUCCAGACAUGAGUGAAGAUGAAUCACAGCAGCCCAAUGAGAUGGUUCUGACUGAGUCCCAAAAGAGAAGGGAAGCAUCUCGAGCUGCACUAUCCAUUCCAUUGGCACACAGAGGCAGAAAGCAAGGCUGGACCAUUGGUGCUGGAGAUGGAGCAGGCAUGGAGCAGUCAGACUGGCUACUUGGGAGUGAAGCCCGGGUGAUUCCUAACAUGGAACAGAACUGUCCUUUAUCAAUUGGUGUGUCACCUAAAGGUCACCUCAAUGCAGUGGAGACACUAGACUGUGAAUGGAAUAAUCUGAAGCCAGAGGCUAGACCCAGAAGCACCCCUUGCAAGUUGCUGACUGAUUGCUAUGUGUCAAAAGAUUUUAAAUGCUCAACUCCUUUUACCAAGCCCCCCACUGCACCAAGGUUAAUGAGAGAGUCUGUGUAUCCUGCUUCAGGACAGCUUUGUAGGGAUGAAACCAACUUUAAGGGAAGCAGACCCAGGCAUCAUUCUCAUUUCCUACAGAACUUCAGUGAAGACCCAAAGCCAAGGUCCAAGCUGGAGCCACCACUUUAUGUAGAACAACUGUUGGAUGAGGGUAAUGAUCGACAGAGAGAGCGAUUUAUCAGAGACAUUCAGAAGCCAAAACCAAUCCUUUUAGAAUCUCAUGAUAAGGUGGCAAAGGUGGAUAUGGGUCAUGUCACAUUCCUGUCUCCGAAAGAGGAGUCCAGCCUUAGGGCACAGGUUCAGGCAGUGCAGCCCUUUCUGGGUUAUGAUUGGAUAGCAGGUCUGAUGGACAUUAACUCGCCAAUGUCAGAAAAAUCAGAGCAGUACUUUUUGGACCUGCAGGACUUCAGACGGGUGAACAAGGAUGAAUGUGUGCACCAGGAAUACAUGGAAGCAGAGGAUCUUGAUUUUCAGUCCACAGGCCAGGAGAAGCUUGAUAUCGACCAUCAUGUUCAUCAGUGCACUCACUCUUACCGUGUGAAUAAACGUCUAUUUGCUGUCCCACUGGAACCAGCAGCACCUUGUCCUGUUUGUAAAACUCCUAAGGCUAAGCAGCCGCACACUCUGGAGGAACCAGCUUAUAUCAGAGUCAGCAUUCCUAGAUCAACCUUGCUUCCUCCACACAAAUACAAGCCACACCGUAGGAAGAGCUUUGAUCCCACAGACAGUCUGUCAUUACCUUCACACUGCCUUUUGGGCUGGAGGAAUACCUUGCCCUCCACCACUCCUAUUGCAAACACCCUGGACCUACGCAGCACAGUGGAGGCCAAAAAGAUUUCCCCUCCACUGGGCCCAAACCUGUCCAACCUGAGUCCUGCUGCAUCUCGAGUGGCUGGAGGUACCAGAUCUGAUGAACUGCUAAACCAUUCACGUUUGACAGCCUACCAGUUUCAGAGAUUAAGACUGGACAGUCCUUACUCAACAUUCUACUAACACCUAAUGUCCCUGGACAUAUACAUACUUCCAUUCAGUGCCUGACCUUUGUUGGACCCCAAAGGAUUUCUAAUCUGUUUUUAUCAGUAAAGUCUGGUUUGGGGAUGAGUGUGUGUAGUCACCUUUGAAAGUCCAAGAAAGAAGGGGUGGGGGAAUGACGAAUAGUGUGUUACUAGCAUAUCAGAUCCUAGCUGUACAAAUCAGUCCAUUUCAAAGCAAAAAGAAAUGCAAAUUUUGGAGAGGAAUUGGAACAAUUGUGCUACACAGCAAGCCAGUCGAUUGUGAGAGGUGUUAAAAUUCAGCCUGUCCAUGAAUUAGAGUUAAUUGCACGUUCUGUUGUCAGCUGUAUUCAUUUCAGUCAGCCAUUUCAGAAUGAUAAAAACCCUGUUUACAUAUUUAAUUGUGGUAUCCAGUAAAGGUAGUGUUUUGUUGAAUGAACUCCAAGGAUUUCUUCAUAUUGCUAAUUGCGCCAAGGCUUUCUUGAACAGAGAAGACAGCUGGAAUAGAAAAUUUCAUGAAGUGAAAUUGAUUGUGUUCUUGUUUGUCUGUACACUGAGCAUGGCUUGUAUUUGUUUGAGAGUGCAAUCGCACACUCUGUCUGUGUAUCCACUUUAACAGAGUAUGACAUAUUAAACCUUCUGUGCUGCAAACACCUGCCAUUUGCAGUAAGCAAGCAACAAAUUUCAGCUGAAGAAAAGAGUUAUUUUUAAUUUUUUAAAAUAUUGACACCAAACAUUAAAACAAUGAGAAAUCACUGGUUGAAUAAAUAGAAAUGGAAUGCAAAAAAAGGUGAUUACUGGUGAGUAGUAUGAUUGAGAAUGCAGUGUGCCAGCAUCAAGUGAGCAAUAAGAAACCCUGCGCAUAUGCCCUGAUUGGGCUGUACCAUUGAGGAAUCUACCAGCUUAUGACAAAAAAAAUGGAAAAUUGCUGAAGUAUGAGGUUGCUCUUCUGAUUAGAGUGAUUUCAACAAUCAUGUUGUCAGCAACAGUGGGAGAGUGUCAGUGUCUUCUGUUUAAUCCCAGGUUCCCAUCUGAGAGGAUGGGACUGACUCUUAUCAUCUUAACUAGGGGUUUGCUCAGUUGUGACUUGCUGUGGAAAAAAAAGAUUAACCGGCUGUGAGCAGGUUUGAUUGCUAGUAUCUCAUCUGAUGUGUUAGUUUAGCCUGUAGCUUCCUGUCUUUGUCUGAAAUUGUAACCUGAAUGCUGCAUGUUUUAAUCAUUAAUCACUGUGCAAUGUUCUUACUGAUAGCUGACGUUAUCUUUUACAGCGUUUAAUCUUUUGAAGC